AUGGAUGAAAAAGUUAUCCAAAGCAGUAGUUUAAAGCAAAUCAUCGACCGAAUGUUUCCAGAUAAAAUCAACCCGGACUGUUUGGCACAAGUUCUCCAAUCUCUAAAAAGGCAGAGAAAAGUAUCGUUGAAAGAGAUUGCAGAUCUAAUUCUUUUUAUUGCAGAUACCAGCCAUAGAGAGUGGAGCUUAGAGAUUAUUCUUAAAAGCAUUAAUGAAACAUUCGAAAAUAUCAACUGGAGAGAUGUGUAUGAGAAAUUCUUCGAAAGCGACCUGAAGAUUUGGAAUAAAGAGUAUCUUUAUACACUUGUUGAUUGCUGGGUUUAUAUAAGUGGCAUCAUCACGGUCCCAUACGAAAUAUUUUUUAGAAAAUGGAAAAACAGGGAAGAUCAGAUUGAAUUUUUCAAGAUUCUGUUGGAUUGUGACGAGAAAAGAACGCAAGUAUACUCAAACGUAUUUUUCGAAAGAUUGGUAACAAAAGAUGAUGUGAAAAGUGCAAAAUAUAAGAAGAGCAUUGAGUAUGAAAGCAAUUUCAACUCGGUUGAGCUCUUUAAGUGUCUAAAGGAGAUUGAAGCCGUUGAGAUUGUUAAUGUUGUGCGAGACAAGUCUCCAGAAUACUGUAUUCUAGGUCUUGCAUCAGUCCAGCCGUUUUGUGAAGAUAUACUGGACGAGCUUCUAGUCCAUCUUUCAGAGGGUGUUGCUUCGCAACUUGUAUAUUACAUUCUAUUUUCUCGAUACAGGACCGUUGUUCUAUAUUCAUUUAAAAGAUGCAGUGGGAAAGUUUUAUUAACCAAAAUUUUGGACAUUCUUCUAGAACACAAAAUGCUGCCAGUAAUUGCCGAGGUUCCAGAGCCUGCUGAUCUGUGCUACGACAUUAUCAUUCUGAGCUCACGCAGAGAUCAUCUGAACCUUGAAAUAUGGUUGUCAAACUGCCUUAAAAAGAAUCCUGUGUCAUUUAUUAAGUAUUUGAGCAACAAGCUUUUGAGUACUGUACAGAAAGAGCCCACUGAUGAUGUUGAGGGACCUGAUAAGCGAUUCUUGCUUAAAAGCGAAUCUGACAUGUUUCCUUUUAAUCGACAGACCAUCAACAAUGUCCUUAAGAUUCUCGAGGGCGUUGUGAAGGAUUUGUCAGAUGACUGUCUCAAUGUCAUCAGAGAAAUCAAAUCUAAAAUGACCGAAAUUAAAGGUCUUGAGAAGCCCAACUACUCUGACAAGGCAACCACAUUUAUUUCUGAGGUGAUUAAUUCACAGGUGGAUGUUGAAGACUCUGUUGUCAGGCUUGCCGAGCUGGCCAAGGGUGAUGAGUAUUCAGUGACGUUUGCAAAGAGGAUAUUUAGUCUUUUGAUAGAUAACUACUCAAGUCUAUAUCGUCUGCCCAACUCUGAUAUGCUGGCAAUAUUCUUAGGUGAAUUAAUUCGACGAAAAAUUUUGUUUAAGCCCUUCUUGAAGGUGAUCCUUCAGCUAAUAAAGAACUCCUUGAAAUACCCGGAGAAUGACCGAGAAUACACCUUUGCUUUUAGAAUUCUCGAGAUAUUUUUCAACGACGUGCCCGAAUUUUUUCUUGAGAUUGAAGAUAUUGAAAAUGUUAGGCAUGGGCUAAUUAAAAAAGACCUGGUUGUUGUUGAUGAGGACUCCCAAAGAGAACUAGACUUCGAUGAGCUACUGAAUAUUUUAUUUAACAAGGAGGAAGACAUUUCAGGUGUUGAAAACUUUUUGAGCAAGGAGUUUGAGCAGGCGAUUUCAAAUAUGAAAGUUUCUAACUCUACCAUUCCUAAAAGCCCGAGUCUGUUUGACGAAAAUCUUCUAUCAAAAAAUUUCAAUAUUAGCUACGGUCAGAUAAGCAGAUAUUUGCUGAAAAACCUGAACACUGAUAGAGCCGAGAAUUUCUUGCACAUCAACACCAGCCAUAAGACACAGUUUUUUGCCUUUUUUGUUCAAAAGGGAUUUUCUCUUAUAAGACUACUGUUUACAUAUAAAUUCAAAGACGAGGUCAAGUAUUGUGAACAUCUGGGAGCGUUCCUUGGGAAAAUUCUUAUAAGGAGAGACAUUCCAGUACUGCUUGACAUUUUUGAUUUUAGAAGCUUCCUAUUGAAAAGCAUCGAAUAUCGGCGAAUUUCUGUCUCCAUUUCGUUCAUAGUUAGCUUCCUGAAAGAAGGUAAAUAUAGCCGCAUUUUCGUUCCAUGCAAUCCUUGGCUUAUGAGUAUCAUGAACCUGCUUGCCGAACUGCACUGCUGUACUCUUGCCGAUAUUAGGGUCAAAAUAUACAGUCUGUAUUCACAUUUUGGACUGAAACUCACAUGCAAAUCUACAUUAAGAAUGAGGGAGCAUUUAGUCAAGUAUGUCAUUGAGUUUGAUGGAAUACUAAAGCAGGUCAUUGCAGCAGCACUUGAUUUUAGUGUACGAGAAAUAUGCAAUAGAAUAGUAAAAUCAUGCUUCACGGUUGCAAAGAGCACAGCAGCGUCAUUGUUUAACAAGAUAGGGGGUGAAAAUAGAUUUUUCCUUUUCAGAAACCUAUUGGUAAAUCUCACUCGCUCCUUAAUUCAUAUUUCGGCGCAAGAGCCUUUAAAAGCCUCUAUGUGUGGAAAUAUCACUCAUUUUUUGAAAUUGAGUAUGAAUGAGCUUCCCCUGGAGACAGUCUACAGCAUUGUAUCGCAGAACCUUCUCAUCUGUUGUUUAAUUAUUGAAAAGGCUGGAAUCACGCAUGUAAAUGAGACAGUGUCUUCGUUUUAUAACGAGCUGUUGUUGCAAGAACCCGCACAGAACGAACGCUUGCUCUCCGGACUUGAUCCCAAAAAUUCCCUGCGAAUUCUCUCUGAGUCCUGCUUUGUUGAGAAGGUUAAUAUUCGAUCGGUGGAGAACGUCGAGUAUCAAGAAAUUAGAAGCUUUUUGAUCCAAAUUGGCAAGAAAAUGCCUACAAAGAAGAAGGACUACAUCUCUGAAGAAUGGCAUACUCUUUUGGGUUCUAACAGAUCACACGAGUUCAAAAGAAUAAUAUCCGUUAUUUCUAAUUCUCCUGAUCGAGACGAGAUGUGCUUGAGCCUGUGUAAGUAUCUUGUUGGGCAUGCUCUGAAGACAAAUUGCUCUGAGGAGUACAUUUUUGGAUUCAUUGCUUCUAUUUUUGAAAUUUCUCCAAAAUGUAAACGAGAGGUUGUUGGCUGGUUGAUAUACUCUGAAGACUAUAAGAAAUUUAAUAUCCCGCUGGUCAAGAAGUUUAUUGAAUGUGACUUUGUCUGUCUAGAAGAGCUUGACCAAUCUCUUUCGAAACUUUUAAAGAUAGAAGACCAAAAGUUCCUUGAUUUUGUUGUUGAUCUCUUGGAUACACUUAUUCUUCAGGACAUUAAGCUAUGCACAGUCUAUGACUUCAUUUAUACUAUCGAAUCGCUCAACAAGGUGAACGACAAUCCAAGGAUCUUUGAGUUCUUCAAGAGCAUUGAGUCGGGAAUGAUGAAGUUUCAAGAUGGAGCGAAUGAUUUUAACAUGUUCGAUGAGUUUUUGAAAGACCUUCAUGCUAAUAUACCACCUACACAGUAUCUAUUGCACUUCAGGGAAAAGUACAAAAUGGAAAAGGCCAACUUCAGACUUGCAUUCAAGUCGUGCUGGCACCACUUUGUGCUUUAUUCGGGCUCGUUUCGUUUCUUUAAAGUUGAUGUUCUUGCUGCCUUAGUUCGUGAUGAUUUAUUUAAUAAUUUGAAAGAAAGCCUCAAGUUUCUAGCACAGGCUUAUUCCAAAAGUCACUACUUGUUUUUUCUAUUUUACUGUAGAUUCAUUGUAAAGGUACUUGACUUCAUAGACGAUAAUAUUGAUAACCGUAUUAUGGUCUGGAAGAUUUUAGAGCUUCUUGCACCAUCCAAUAUUCCAGGAUUUGUAGCACAGUUUAUCGAAAUUUUAAACCACAACUUCAUUGCAAAGUAUUUUGAGAGAAAUGAGGCAUUUUGGAUUGCAAAGGAGCUUAUUGAGGCUGUCAAGUGGAAUGAAAGUCUUGAGCCCUUGGUUUCUGAUUUUGUGACUAAGAAUUUUGCGCAUCUCAAGAGAUUUAGCAUAUACUUGAGCUUUUUGUGUCCGCAAAUGUGUGUAAAUCUCAAAAAUAUAUUUAACCAGUCGAGACCUAAGGUAAUCGAAAAGGGAGCCAACUCGUUCUUCAACACGAUUUAUCUUCUUACGAAGCAGACAAGGCCCUUUUCCAAGUACUGUGAUCUGGUUGAUCACCUUUGUGACAAUCCAGUCACCAACACACUUGCUAUUGAAAGUAUAAAGAGCAUGAUUGAUAGAAAGAUUAGUCUAAGAGAAGUAGUGCUUCUUUUGAUGAUUAGGUUUUUUGGAAAGAAUGUUCCACUAGGUGUGAGGUCUGCCUGCGAGGAGAUAUUUAAAAGAAAUGAUGUAAGGGAGAUUGUGUGUGAAUAUGAAAAUAAGUUUUUUAAUAAAAUAUGA